CAGUGGACUCAGUAAGCACAAUAAGCUACACACAACAGAAAAGUCCUAUAAAUGCAUGGAGUGUGGAAAGACCUUUGCUAAAAGAGGUCAUCUUAUUUCCCAUAAGAGGAUCCACACAGGGGAAAAGCCAUAUAAAUGCAUGGAGUGUGAAAAGACCUUUGCUCAAAGAAGUAAUCUUACUUCCCAUAAGAGGAUCCACACAGGGGAGAAGCCGUAUAAAUGCAUGGAGUGUGGAAAGACCUUUGCUAAAAGUGGUCAUCUUAUUUCCCAUAAGAGGAUCCACACAGGGGAAAAGCCAUAUAAAUGCAUGGAGUGUGAAAAGACCUUUGCUCAAAGAAGUAAUCUUACUUCCCAUAAGAGGAUCCACACAGGGGAGAAGCCGUAUAAAUGCAUGGAGUGUGGAAAGACCUUUGCUUAUAGUAAAGCACUUACUAUGCACAAAAUGAUCCACACAGGGGAAAAGCCAUUUAAAUGCAUGGAGUGUGGAAAGACCUUUGCUCAAAGAGGUCAUCUUAUUUCCCAUAAGAGGAUUCACACAGGGGAAAAGCCAUUUAAAUGCAUGGAGUGUGGAAAGACCUUUGCAAAAAGAGGGGAUCUUAUUCGCCACAAAGUGAUCCACACAGGGGAAAAACCAUUUAAAUGCAUGGAGUGCGGAAAGACCUUUGCUCAUAACAGUAGCCUAAGAAUACACAAACGGAUACACACAGGGGAGAAGCCGUAUAAAUGCAUGGAGUGUGAGGAAACAUUUACGCAUAGCAGUGGACUCAGUAAGCACAAUAAGCUACACACAAGAGAAAAGUCCUAUAAAUGCAUGGAGUGUGGAGAGACCUUUGCUCAAAGAGGUCAUCUUAUUUCCCAUAGGAGAAUCCACACAGGCGAAAAGCCAUAUAAAUGCAUGGUGUGUGAAAAGACCUUUGCUCAAAGAGAUCAUCUUAUUCGCCAUAAGGUGAUCCACACAGGGGAGAAGCCAUUUAAAUGCAUGGAGUGUGGAAAGACCUUUGCUCGAAGAGGUCAUUUUAUUCGCCAUAAGGUGAUCCACACAGGGGAGAAGCCGUAUAAAUGCAUGGAGUGCGGAAAGGUCUUUGCUUAUAGUAAAGCACUUACUAUGCACAAAAUGAUCCACACAGGGGAAAAGCCAUUUAAAUGCAUGGAGUGUGGAAAGACUUUUGCUCAAAGAAGUAAUCUUACUUCCCAUAAGAGGAUCCACACAGGGGAGAAGCUGUAUAAAUGCAUGGAGUGUGGAAAGACCUUUGCUAAAAGAGGUCAUCUUAUUUCCCAUAAGAGGAUCCACACAGGGGAAAAGCCAUAUAAAUGCAUGGAGUGUGAAAAGACCUUUGCUCAAAGAAGUAAUCUUACUUCCCAUAAGAGGAUCCACACAGGGGAGAAGCCGUAUAAAUGCAUGGAGUGUGGAAAGACCUUUGCUUAUAGUAAAGCACUUACUAUGCACAAAAUGAUCCACACAGGGGAAAAGCCAUUUAAAUGCAUGGAGUGUGGAAAGACCUUUGCUCGAAGAGGUCAUCUUAUUCGCCAUAAGAGGAUCCACACAGGGGAGAAGCCAUAUAAAUGCAUGGUGUGUGAAAAGACCUUUGCUCAAAGAGAUCAUCUUAUUCGCCAUAAGAUGAUCCACACAGGGGAGAAGCCAUUUAAAUGCAUGGAGUGUGGAAAGACCUUUGCUCGAAGAGGUCAUCUUAUUCGCCAUAAGGUGAUCCACACAGGGGAAAAGCCAUUUAAAUGCAUGGAGUGCGGAAAGACCUUUGCUCGUAACAGUGGCCUAAGAAUACAUAAAAGGAUCCAUACAGGGGAGAAACCAUAUAAAUGCAUGGAGUGUGGAAAGACCUUUGCUCAUAACAGUAGCCUAAGAAUACACAAAUGGAUACACACAGGGGAGAAGCCGUAGAAAUGCAUGGAGUGUGGAAAGUGCUUUGCUCAAAGUGGAGGUCCUGGCUGUGGGCAAUUAGCCUGUAGUACUGUAUUCUAGCCAGUGCCUCACCAUGUAUAUGCAUAUUGUGUCUUUCUGAUCUAAAUGAGAUAAGGUUGAAUCCAGUGGUGAAAUCUAAUUUUUUUUUACUACUGGUUCUGUGGCCGUGGUUUGGUGGGCAUGGCAGAAGGAUACUGCAAAAUCCCAUUACCUCCCCACUUCUGGGGGAAGGACAUUGUAAAAUCUCUAUUUGCAUCCCACUCGGGGGUCAGCCAAAGGUGAUAUUUACCGGUUCUCCGAACUACUCAAAAUUUCCACUAUCGGUUCUCCAGAACCUUUCAGAACCUGUUUUACACCUGGGCAGAAAAAAGAGUACCUGAAACCUGGGUCAAAAACUGUGAGAAGGACCUUGGAGUCUGAAUGGAUGAGUUACCUGUGUGCAGCAGCAGCCGAAAAAGCUAAUAAAAUUCUUGGUUGUAUAAACAGAAGCAUAGAAUCAAAAUCACAUGAAGUGUUAGUCCUGCUCUAUAAAGCCUUAGUAAGACCACACCUGGAAUACUGCAUCCAGUUUUGGUCCUCAAAUUACAAAAAAGAUGGUGAGACUUUGGAAAAAAGUACAGAGAAGAGCAGUAGGCUGAUUAAAGACCUGCAGACUAAAACAUAUGAAGAACGAUUGCAGGAUUUUGGUUUGACUAAUCUAGAGAAAAGGAGGAUUGGGAGUGACAUGAUAGCAAUAUUCCAGUACUUGAGAGGCUGCCACAAAGAGGAGGGGGUCAGUUUAUUUUCCAAAACGCCAGAGGGUAGGAUAAGAAACAACGCAUUCAAAAUAAUUGAGAGAAGCAAUUUUGAAUUAACAAGGAUCUUCCUUAAAGUAAAGACAUUUAACCAGUGAAACAGCUUUCCUUCAGACAUUGUGGUUGCUUCAUCCUGGAUGUUUUAAAGAAGAGACUGGAUAGUCACUUGACUGAAAUAGGAAGGUCAAUAGUUCCUGAAAUGGUCUAGACCAGCAGUCACCAACCGGUGGUCCGCGAGAAAAUUUUGGUGGUCCAUGGAGAAAUCUUUGUAUUUUUGCCGGUGCAGCCUGGUGGAGGAACUGUGGCGCAAGUGGGCCGAAGCAGCGAUUGCCAUGGCUGGAAGCUGUGGGAGCGAAGCACUACUUGCACUUCCGCAGCAUCAGUAUUCCGCCUCUGUAUAUUUGCCCAGCUGGUUGCACAAAGCAGCCCUCAUCUCCUGCCGCUUGAGACUUGGAGCUGUAAAUGGCAACUGGUCUGGGGAGCAGCCGGAUUUUGCUCUCUAUUGUAGAUGCCAGAUUGGCCCCUUGCAAGCUCUCAUUUCUCCAGGAGCGCUCGCUGAAAUGGCGUGGGAGACCUUGCAGGGUAUGGGUCUGGCAUCCACAAUGGAGAGCAAAAUCUGGCUGCUCCCCUGAUCAGGCACCAUUUACAGCUCUGAGUCCCAAGUGGCAGCAGACAAGGGCUGCUUUGCUCCACUGGCUGGUGCAAAUAUACCAAGGCGGAAUGCUGAUGCCGCACAAAAUGAAAUAGAGAAAAAGACAGAAUGAAAGAGAGAAUGAGAAAGAGAAUGAGAGAGAGACAGAAUC